UACUAGAAGACAACAUUUGACAAAGACAAAACGUUUUUCAAAGUUCUCUCUUUUAUAUGACCACCGAACAAAGAUCUACAGUAGUGUGGAUUAUUCCGGUGAAAUUUUGGCCUGCUAGAGAAACCACUCCUCCCUCUCAAUGAACACUUCAUUCUGUUACCCAGAUUUUCAUCCUAACAUGGAAAACAUACUAUCUGUGAAGCGUGAACUGAAAGAAAAUAACAUUUCAGACAGCAUCCUUCUCUCAAACUUGGACUUUGCUGAGAGAUUCUUUAGAGACCAUCCUCUAAAAGAGUACUCAAAAUUGGUGGUUAAAGGAGAUUACUUUUGUGUACAAAUUGGUGGGGAUGUCACGUAUGUUUUUACCGUAACAUCAGAAGACAACCAAACCUAUGUCCAUGUCUUUAUCCUUGCACGUAAUAAAAUAAUUUCCAUUGACGCCAAUCAAUUUUACCACCACUCCUGCCAGGAUGAGAUUAAAUCCUGUUUUACACAGGCUCUAGAAGCUGUUACUGAUGAGGACCUGACAAGUCUACACAUAAUAUGCAACAGGUUCUCAGUCAUGUACUCCACUCGAUAUAGAGGUCCACGCUCAACUGUGGAAACUAAAUGUCAGUUAAAGCUAGAGAACAUCACUGCUGAGAGUUUACUGAACAAAAAGGUUUGGUUGCAGAAAGAGAAGGCCACAUGUCAUGGUUUGAUAGCAUGUCUAGACCAUCUCAUUAUACAAUACCUUACCACACCUGAUGCUCCAAAGAGCAACUGUAGUUUCAUCAUACAUGCAGACAAGGAAGUAAUGAGAAUCACUACAGGUGAACAAGAUGAAAGAGUAUUUUUUGCUACACAAUGGUAAAGGGUUCUCAAUGUAUCCUCCAGCAUGGAAAUAGAAGCCAGAGGCGUGCACAGGGGCGGGGCGGGCGGGGUGGGGGUGGGGGUGUCUUUAAUCACCAACGCUAAAGUGUCCUUUUGGUCCAUUUUGCAAUUUUUAUGCUAUGACAGCACUCCAGAAUACUGCAAAAUACCCUCACAUGCAUGGCCUACAUUGGACUGUAACUUCAGUCUGUCUGUUACAGUAUAGGGUACUUUCAUCAGUUAGAGUUUAUAGCCCUACCUGAAAACAGAAU